ACGCCAGAGCACAGCACAUCCCCACCGCGCUCCACCCACCCCCGCCGGCCUCACCGCGCACCAGGCAGCCGCUCCACCGUGCCGAUGGCGCCCGCCCGAGCAGCCCUCCUCGCCUUCCUCGUGGCCGCGCUGCUCCCGCUCGCCCUGUCCCGCGGGCAGGGGCGUGGCCCGCACCUGCCGGGGCACGGCCUGGUCCACCGGCACGGGCCUGGCAUCGGUCACCACGCCCACGCGCCGCUCGGCGGUGGCGCCUGGGCCUCCGCGCACGCCACCUUCUACGGCGGCGGUGACGCCUCCGGCACCAUGGGUGGGGCGUGCGGCUACGGGAACCUCUACAGCACGGGGUACGGCUCCAACACGGCGGCCCUGAGCACGGCACUCUUCAACAACGGCCUCAGCUGCGGGGCCUGCUUCGAGGUGCGGUGCGACCCCGGCGGCACCGAGGCCGGCGCGCCGCACGCCUGCCUCCCCGGCUCCACCGUGGUGACCGCCACCAACUUCUGCCCGCCCAACUUCGCCGAGUACUCCGACGCCGGCGGCUGGUGCAACCCUCCCCGCGCCCACUUCGACAUGUCCCAGCCCGUCUUCCAGCGCAUCGCGCUCUACCGGGCCGGCAUUGUCCCCGUCUCCUACCGCAGGGUGGCGUGCCAGAAGAAGGGCGGCAUCCGGUUCACCAUCAACGGCCACUCCUACUUCAACCUGGUGCUCGUCACCAACGUGGGCGGCCCCGGCGACGUGCACGCGGUGUCCGUCAAGUCCACGCGCUCGGGGUGGCAGUCGCUCUCCCGCAACUGGGGGCAGAACUGGCAGAGCAACGCGCUGCUCGACGGGCAGGGCCUCUCCUUCCGCGUCACGGCCGGCAACGGCCAGUCCGUCGUCUCCAACAACGCCGUGCCGCGCGGCUGGUCCUUCGGCCAGACCUUCAGCGGCGCCCAGUUCCACUGAGCGCCCGCAUCAUCCAUCCGCCGAAGCAGUACUAUCUUGUAGUAGUAGUGGUCAGUAGUGGUCGUCGUCAACCUCCCGACUGGAGCGUGCUGGGAAGCGCCAUGGUUUUAUGAUGGUUCUUCCACAAGCGUCCGACGCUCUUCGGGGAUUCGAGGCUGUAGCAGGUAGUUAGGCCUAGUAUUAUCAUGGGCUUUUAAUUGUCUGGUUAGCGUGCGUGAGUGAGUGAGUGAGUGGUAGCUGAAGCCUAAAGCAUUUGAACGAGGUUUUGGCUAGGAUGGCAGCGGUGGUAAAGGCUUGGCUU